CGGACGUGUCCCGGUCCACUCUCCCAGCUGGGCUGCCCAGACAAAGCAGUGAGGAUUCUGGUGGAGGAGGACGCUUCUGCUGCCAGUUAAUGAAGGAGAAGAUGUCCGUGAACGAGGUGUGCGUGUUCCGACCCUUCAAGCUGAUCGCGCUGCUCUGCGUCUUCCUGGCUCUGGUUCUGGACUUGGUGGCUCUGCUCAGCCCCGCCUGGGUCACCGCCGAACAUUUCUCCCUGUCCCUGUGGGAGUCGUGCUCCCAGCGCAAGUCUCCACAUCCCACAGAGGAGGCGCACUGGAGCUGCUUCUCCACCCUCACAUCUGAUUGGCAGAUUGCCACCCUGGUGCUGCUGGGGGCCGGUGCCGUCGCUACGCUGGUGGCCUUUUUGGUGUCCCUGAUUUCCCUCUGCUGGGGGCCGCAGAGGCAACACUACCGCAUUGUAGCGGUCUUCCUCUUCACUGCAGUGGUUCUGCAGGCCUGCGCUCUGGUCCUCUAUCCCAUCAAGUUCAUUGACGGAAACGUUCUGCACGUCUAUCAUGAAUUCAACUGGGGCUACGGGUUGGGCUGGGGGGCCACCGUCUUCAUGUUGGGUGGAGGGAUCCUGUUCUGCCUGCGAACGGACAUUUAUAACGAUGCCAUGUACUAGAAAAAUGCACAGAGGCGUAUCCUAAAUGGACACACGGCUGUGUGUGCACACACUCCAUCUCUUGUACUUUUCUGUUAUUUUUAGACAUGUUGUGAAGGCCUCACUCAGGGUCAGGGCUGUGUGGACCCCUCACUAGGACCAGCUGGCACCACUGGGGGGAGAGGAGGCAGCACUAGAGUUUUCUGGACGGGCUGGAGCCUCCAGUGCUGGACGCUUCCACUGACCUGUGCGUCUAUUGUUGGACAGAAGGCCUGAAUGUGCUGUGGAUCUGGAUUCAACCAGACUGACUGUGUUUUUUUAUUAGCUUUUUAUGAGAUUAAGCUGGUUGUUCAUGCAUUUAAUACACAAUUUUCCUUUUUUUUCUGAGUGAAAAUGUGAACUUUUCUCUUGACAUAUCUAGCAUGUGUAAAUAAGCUAACUUUGAUGUAUGCUAUUGAGUUUUCAGCAUAUUCACUCUUGUUUGGAUUAAACACUGUAAAUGUGUAAAAAGGAUUUCUGACAUGAUGUAGGGUUCAGAAUCAAUAUUAAUAGUUUUGGGAGAAGGCUGAUUUUUUAGCCCCUUGUUGCUGCUAAACUGAAUUUGAUUUGUUUCUGAUCUAUCAGGCGUGUCUGCAUCACUAAGCUCUACGCUGACACAAAAGUACGAACUACUCAUUAUCCAGACCACAUUCCUCCAAGGAAACCAUCCUCAGCUAUUUAAAGAGGCACCAGCAAGUCUCCUAAAUUCACUUGAUGUGAAAAUGAGCAACGUUUAAUAUUUUAGUCUUUGCUAAUGCUAACAUUGACAACAAAAAUGUUGGGUUUCUACCUCAUUCCUUGGCAAAUCCCCACUUCACAACAUGUUGGACAGUCACUUGGGCAGCCAUUCAAUUUUUACAUAAUGAUAAUUAUGUGAAUCAAUCAGUAAAAAUGUAUAGAUUGCAGAGGUGUGGACUCGAGUCACAUGACUUGGACUCGAGUCAUUAUUUUAAUAACUUCUGACUUGAUAAAAUCUAUAAAGACUUACGACUUGACUCAGACUUGAACGCCAAUGACUUGCAACUUGAAUCAACUUGCAUCUGUUGACUUGAUGAUGACGAGCAUAUUUGAUAUUUUAGCACAAAAGUGACACGACAUGGACAAAAAUCAUGAAUCAUUCUUCGUUCUGGGUUCGAUCUUGUACUGCUAAAUUCAGCAGCACUUUGUUUAUAAUCAAUUUCAGUUGCCCUUUCUGCUUGUUUGAGCAAAUAAAUGAAGCUUUACGAAGCUUUAUUUCUGGAAUUUAUUUAUUAUUGUCACUAAAUUGAAGUUGGACAGAUGACUUGAUUAUGAGUUGAAAAUUCAAAGUUAAGGACUUGGACUUGACUUGGACUUCCAGAUCAUUUACUUUGGACUCGAUUUGGACUUGGUUGUCUUUCACUUGGACUUGACUGGAAAGACUUGUGACUUGCAAAGCAGGGACUUGGUCACACCUCUGAUAGACUGUUUUGGAUGCUGAGCAGGUUGGAGCAUUGUUACUAUCACUGUGAAAUGCCUUUUUGAAGGCGCCAUACAGGUCCUUCUCAAAAAAUUAGCAUACUGUGGUAAAGUUCAUUAUUGUCUGUAAUGUACUGAUAAACAUUAGACUUUCAUAUAUAUUAGAUUCAUUACACACAACUGAAGUAGUUGAAGCCUUUUAUUGUUUCUAAUAUUGAUGAUUUUGGCAUACAGCUCAUGAAAACCCAAAACUCCUAUCUCAAAAAAUGAGCAUAUUUCAUCUGACCAAUAAAAGAAAAGUGAUUUUAAUACAAAAAAAAGUCAACCGUUAAAUAAUUAUGUUCAGUUAUGCACUCAAUACUUGGUCGGGAAUCCUUUUGCAGAAAUGACUGCUUCAAUACGGCGUGGCAUGGAGGCAAUCAGCCUGUGGCACUGCUGAGGUGUUAUGGAGGCCCAGGAUGCUUCGAUAGCUGCCUUAAGCUCAUCCAGAGUGUUGGGUCUUGCAUCUCUCAACUUCCUCUUCACAAUAUCCCACAAAUUCUCUAUGGGGUUCAGGUCAGGAGAGUUGGCAGGCCAAUUGAGCACAGUAAUACCAUGGUCAGUAAACAUUUACCAGUGGUUUUGGCACUGUGAGCAGGUGCCAGGUCGUGCUGAAAAAUGAAAUCUUCAUCUCCAUAAAGCUUUUCAGCAGAUGGAAGCAUGAAGUGCUCCAAAAUCUCCUGAUAGCUAGCCGCAUUGGCCCUGCCCUUGAUAAAACACAGUGGACCAACACCAGCAGCUGACAUGGCAACCCAGACCAUCACUGACUGUGCAUACUUGGCACUGGACUUCAGGCAUUUUGGCAUUUCCCUCUGCCCAGUCUCCCUCCAGACUCUGGCACCUUGAUUUCCGAAUGACAUGCAAGAUUUGCUUUUAUCUGAAAAAGUACUUUGGACCACUGAGCAACAGUCCAGUGCUGCUUCUCUGUAGCCCAGGUCAGGCGCUUAUGCUGCUGUUUCUAGUUCAAAAGUGGCUUGACCUGGGGAAUGCGGCACCUGUAGCCCAUUUCCUGCACACGCCUGCACACGGUGGCUCUGAAUGUUUCUACUCCAGACUCAGUCCACUGCUUCCGCAGGUCCCCCAAGGUCUGGAAUCGGUCCUUCUCUGCAAUCUUCCUCAGGGUCCGGUCACCUCUUCUCGUUGUGCAGCGUUUUCUUUUCUGCCACACUUUUUCCUUCCCACAGACUUCCCACUGAGGUACCUUGAUACAGUACUCUGGGAACAGCCUAUUCGUUCAGAAAUUUCUUUCUGUGUCUUACCCUCUUGCUUGAGGGUGUCAAUGAUGGCCUUCUGGACAGCAGUCAGGUUGGCAGACCCAUGAUUGCGGUUUUGAGUAAUGAGCCAGGCUGGGAGUUUUUAAAAGCCUCAGGAAUAUUUUGCAGGUGUUUAGAAUUAGUUGAUUUAGAUGAUUAGGUUAAUAGCUCGUUUAGAGAACCUUUUCAUGAUAUGCUAAUUUUUUGAGAUAGGAAUUUUGGGUUUUCAUGAGCUGUAUGCCAAAAUCAUCAAUAUUAUAAACAAUAAAAGGCUUGAACUACUUCAGUUGUGUGUAAUGAAUCUAAUAUAUAUGAAAGUCUGUUUAUCAGUACUUUACAGAAAAUAAUGAACUUCAUCACAAUAUGCAAAUUUUUUGAGAAGGACCUGUACAAGGAAAAAAAAACCUUCUACUAAAUACCUGGAAAUGAACUAGGGGAGGGUUUACAAGGUGUAAUUUGCUUUUAGAACACAAACCAAAAAUCACAGUGAUUUUCAUCAGAGAGCAACAAUGAAACAAUCUCUUAAUAAUUGUAAUAAAUAAACUUAAUAUGAUAACAAUGAAACAAUAAAAUCUGAAAUCUAGUGUUGAUGGACAAAUACAGCUAUUAUCCUGCAGGA